UUUGUUGUGUUACGUUUUUUUCGUUAUCUGUCAUAACUUGAAUAUUAGAAAUUUCAUUAAGCGAAAGUACUCAAUGGACAGCAAAUAUGAAGCACUGCCAACAGUGCCUUCUGCAGCUGUUUUCCACGACAAUGGAAGCCUAUUUAGGCAUAAAAAUGCUGGGGCCGUUAGAAAGCAGAAAUUGUUGAAAUGGAUUGGCAUUCUCUUUAUUGUGCUGACAGUCUUUGGAUGCGCAUUUUAUCGGAUUGUUGCAGAAACCAAGCAUUCAGCUAAUUUACUACAACAGAAUGUCUUCCAUCUUUUGUCUACAAGAAAUUCUGCAAAAAUCUAUAUGUGGGAUGUCUCUGGUGCAAAUGUAACACUGCUCCUGCAGAAUCAAGUGACUUUCUCUGAAGAUGUUGGAAACCCAGUUUCAUGUGACAACAGCUCUUUUGAUCUGUGUCUGAAAUGGGAAAAAGAAGGCAGCGAGCUUCCAAAUGCAAAAUUAACUUUAAGGCAGUUCCAGAUAAGUGAGGGUGUUGAAUGCCAUAAAUUAAAUGUGUCUGCUGCUUGGAAUGCAGAUAUAACAUCUUGUGUGUCCAUAACAGGAGAGCAUCUGUAUGGUGGUCCAGUUUUGAAACAAUCUCAGUACUGGCCCAGUGAGAAAAAUGAAAUGCAGAAUGUGCCACGUGCCACUGGACAGGGCACAAUUAAUGGAGUUGCAGAAUCAUUCUGGAUAACAUCUGGAGGAAAAGUUUUUUAUGUUCCUCGUGAUGUUCCAUUGUUUAUCUCCCAAGACAGUCGCCAACUUUGUUUUCGAAGCAAACUUGCGUCACCCUACCUCCGAGAUACUGAAACCACUGUUAAUAUGAAACUUUAUUACUGCCAGAGCAAUGAUGCACAGAAGCUGCACAGGGCAACAGUUAAACGUUUCUUGGGGCUUCCAUCAGGCAUUCCAGACAAAGAAAUGAUACAAAACCCAGUGUGGUCUACUUGGGCCAGAUACAAGAGAGAAAUAAAUGCCACAGUUGUAACAGACUUUGCUGCUCAGAUAGCAGAGUAUGGGUUUAACAGAAGCCAUUUAGAAGUUGAUGAUCGGUGGGAAAGUUGCUAUGGUGAUUUUAAAUUUAAUGAAGGAUUCCCAGAUCCUGGACAGUUUAUUCAAGACCUCAACAAUAAAGGUUUUAGAGUUACCUUAUGGGCUCAUCCAUUUGUCAGUACUGUAUGUUCAGCAUAUUCUGAAGCAAAGUCAAGGAACUAUCUUGUGAAAAAUCUGGAUCAAAGUUGGGACAGAACUGUAUGGUGGAAUGGAAUUGCUGGUCUUGUAGAUUUCACAAAUCGUAAUGCAACAUCUUGGUGGAAUGGGAAACUAACAGCUUUAAGAGACAACUAUGGAAUUGAUGGUUUCAAAUUUGAUGCUGGUGAAACUUCUUACAUGCCUGGAUCUCCAGAAGUUGGACACCUUCAGUCUCCUAUAAGACUGCAGCCAAAUAUUUUCACUUCACAGUAUGUGGAAAAUGCAGCGUCACUUAGUAGAAAUGAAUUGAUGACUGAAUUCAGAGUAAUGUACAUGAAUCAAGGUCUGCCAGUGUUCUUGCGAAUGUCAGAUAAAGAAUCUACCUGGGGUUAUGAAAAUGGCUUGAAGUCUUUAAUACCAACCUUAUUAUCACUCAAUAUUGUUGGGUAUUCAUUUGUUCUGCCUGAUAUGAUUGGAGGAAAUGGAUAUAGUACUAAACCAAGCAAAGAACUUUUCAUACGCUGGUUGCAGGCCUCUACCUUCAUGCCUUCUCUUCAGUUUUCAUACACUCCUUGGGAUUACGAUGACGAAACAGUAGAAAUUGCAAAGAAGUUUACUAGCCUUCAUGCAGAGUAUGGAAAUAUGAUCAUUGAUUUAGCAGAACAGAAGGUUACGAAUGGAACACCUAUUAAUUUGCCAAUCUGGUGGCUUAAUCCUGCUGACACAACUGCACUUGGAAUAGACUCAGAAUAUCUAUUGGGUGAGAAUUUGCUUGUGGCACCAAUACUAGAAGAAGGAGCAACAAGCAGAGACAUAUAUUUACCUGUUGGAACGUGGGAACAGAAAGUGAGAAGUGAUGCAACAACUGUUAUUACUGGCCCUGCAUGGAUCAAAGGUUAUAGAGUUGAACUUGAUGAGUUAGCGUAUUUUGUACGCGUGUCAUGAAUAAGUUCAUACAGUUGUAAAAAUAUUUAAAUUUGUAUGCAAUGUAUUAAUCGUUCAUGUAUUUGGAGAGUUAUGAGCCAUAGUAGCGCAAACAGCCACAUGAAAUGUGUAACACUUAUUGUCAGGCAUUCAUGAAGUUGUAUGUUCUGAAGAUAAGUAAGAAGAGAUGAAGAUCUUUUCUCUAAAGUGAAUUCUCUGGUUCAGUUAUAUGAACCUAUUAUGUCGUUUAGCCUGUCUGUAGCCCAGAAUUUUGGUCACGUUGUCUCUCUUUAACGUAACUUUUUAGUUUCAUAUUUUUAAUUUUCAGAGUAUAAUUUUAUAAAUUGCUGAUUCUCAUCAAAAAUUGAAGUGUUUGUCAUGCAUUGUGUUAAAUAUUUCAUGGUGUUACACUUUCAGUGCUCUCUUAUAUGCUUUUAUUUUGUGAGUUGAAACUUGUGUGCAUAUUUAUACACUGUGGAAUGCAAAGGCUGUGAAACUUGGUGUUAUACUGUAUACAUAGUUAUUAUGUUACUAAGUUUGUAUACUGAUAUUAAUGUCUGAAUUAUUAAACCUGCGUUUCAAGUUUGCUUGUUGCUAUCUUGAAUUGUAGUUUUUAUUUUUAUUGCACGGUCAUAUUUUUUACAAAUUUUGGAUUGUUGUUACGUCAUUAGCAGAUCAAAUUACAGCAGUGGAGUUGCUGUAAUUAGAUAAAUGAAAUUUUUAUCAACUCUUGGAAAGGAUAGAAGAAAAACAUUGUUCUGCUUGUUGUUUUCACAAUGUAGAGCUUGUUACAAAUUAUAACUUCCUUAAAGUUUUCUAGUUUGCAUAAUUAUAAUUUAUUUACACAUACAGUAUAUACUAAUGAGGUUCACAGUUGUUAAGUGCUGGACUUGCAUCAAGGACGACGGUACUUGAAACCCCCCAUUUGGGCAACCAAACUCAUGAUUUUCAAUAUUUCCCUAAAACGAAUAAAUCAAAUGUUAGGAUGUUUUCUGCAAAAAGGAAGUGGCCAAUUUCAUUCCCCAUCAUACCAAAAUCGAAGCUUGUGGUCCAUCUCUAAUGCGCUCAUUAUCAGUGAGACAUUAAACCCAACACCUCCAUACUUUCAUUGACAGUAUACAAGUAAAUGGAUCAAUAUAUUCAUUGGCACUAAAAAGUGUACAUAUAGAUAGUUUGUUUGUAGAGCAUCAAGUUCUACAAUGCACCCAUCAAAUAGAUCGUACUGUGUUAUAUAUCAGUCAAAUAUCACUGUACAUUGGAAUGCCAAUUUUUCUGUUUUGAUUUAUUUAUACAAAUAAUGUGUAAUGUAAGUACAUAUGCCCUGCAGCAUAAUACAAUUACUGUAGGAGCAUGUUCAAAUCAUUUAACCAUAUGAUUUAUAAUUUAUUUCCAAUAAAACAGAUUUGUCUUGAUUGUAUUUUACUGAAUGACACACAAGUUCAGCAAUAGUCUGUGAAUUUGCCAUAGAUUGAGAAAAUUUGAGUGCUAAAUAGUAAGAAUGAUUAUAGUUUUCCAUAAAAAUACGUUGUCAUUUCUAGAUGCUCCUUUACAGUCAGAAUUGUUUCUCUUUCUUGAGUAAAUAUGUGGAUUUCAGAUUCCAUAGCCUAUUAAUGAAUUUGUUGGGACCAUUUAAUGCAAAAGGAUGGUGUUGACAUGUGCAGUGAUCAGAAAAUAGCAAUUAUGGGGAGCAAAUGUGUGAAGCCAUGUAUAAGCAGUAGAAAUGGGGUUAAAGACAUUGAGGAAAUAAUUUGGUUUGAAGGCAUGCUUGUUAAAUCAAGUUUGUUUAAAAUAGGAAUCAUAUUGAAAGGAGGACUGUGUCUUGGGAAUAGGAAGGUCAUUAGAGACAGCUUAUUUUCUCAGUUAGGUGAGCGCAAAUGAAGGAUUUGAUCAUGUGGGUAUUGAAGAGAGAAUCCUUACAUUUGAAUGAAAUUGUUUCAAACAAUCAGAAACAUAAAUUAGUAUUACCAGGCUGGAAAGUGAAUCGUGAUACAUCAAAGAUCCAUUGUUUUAAUCAACUGUGUCAUUUGUAUUUAUAAUUGUGUACAUUUAUUUCUUUGGCUGUUUGAUUGAUCCAUGUUUUUGUUCUUUAUAUUCCUUGCAAAUGCCCGAUUUUAGUAGACCUUAUGUGGUGAUGAUAUGAAGGUAAUUAGAGAUGGGGUCUGGAAAUGCCUAUGGUGUUUUAUUGUGCUGAUAAUUUAUAUUGUCUCAACUGUGGUAGGAAUAAAUGGACUAGACAGGUGCUUUCUGACAAGUUCAUUUUUUUUCAUCAUAGUAUGAGUGUAACAUUUAACGUCUAAGACUGAUCCUUAGGACUACACAAAAACAAAGAGCUUCUGGUACGUUAACAUUACAGUAUUCUGCAGUUUCUUUUGGAAAUACACUUGUAUUUUGCAAUCUAGUAUUGUUUCUGAAGUUCAUUUCUGUCCGAUUGAUAUAUGAUUUAUACAGUUCAUAAAUAUAUAUUGUAAACAGGAGUCCAAAUAUAAAUUAGUAUCAACUCUGAAACAAUUUUGUUAGUAUAAAAUGGAAGGUAUAUUUAUGAAUAUCGGUUAGUAGAAAGGUAACAGAUACUUUCACAAUUGUUCUAUAACAUUGUGACAUAAAUACAAUUUGUUACUGGCGUAGAUGAUGAGAGAAAAACUGAUACACAUUAAAAACAAAGAAUCAAUUCUGUGAUGAUUUCCAGAGGAUAUGAUGAUAGAAAAUGACUGUAAUUAAUACAAACAGAUAGUUGCUAAACAGUGUAGAUUAACAGUAACUAUUAACCUGACAAGAAUGAGUGGAAAGUGCUUACAGUGACCAUAUAUCUGCAGACGUGUUGUAUUUUAUUUUACAUUCCCAUGGAUUGUGGUGUAUGAAACAUAACUCGAUAUUGUUAUUUUUGCACUAAACCCAGUCUUUCACUGGCCAUCAUCAAAUCCACUAACGUUAAAUAUUAACAACUAAUAAAGAGAAUUGUCAUAAAAUGUUGCCGUUAAAUGUGUACUUUUUUAUGUAAUUGUAUUUCAUUGUAGCAACUGAUGAUUGAUUGCUUUCCUGCCACUCCUUUCUCUUUAUAAUUACAUUGGUGUGUCAUUCCAGAAGAGUAAAAAUGUGUGGGAACUGUCAGCUGUGUAACUUGUAAAUCCAUUUUUAAGAUCAUUUCUGCCAUGCAUUGGCAGCGUUUGCAUGUACUGGAUUUGAGUAAGCUAUUUAUAAUAUGUUUAAGGAGAAAUAGUCUCAUGAAUAUAAAUAAAGAAUACAUAUAUUUUUACAUAUAAGUUAUUCAAACGAAGAAAUAAAUGUUACUUAAAUACUG